CUCAUUCUCCGAUCAGCGCGUGAACGCAGCUCGGCAGCCGCUGGCAGGAAACAAUUCUGCAAAAAUAAUCAUACUCAGCCUGGCAAUUGUCUGCCCCUAGGUCUGUUGCUCUGCCGCCGUCCACACUCUGCAAGGGGGGGGGGCACAGAAUUUACCGCGGCAAGAACAUCCCUCCCAGCCAGCAGAUUACAAUGCUGCAAACUAAGGAUCUCAUCUGGACUUUGUUUUUCCUGGGAACUGCAGUUUCUCUGCAGGUGGAUAUCGUCCCCAGCCAAGGAGAAAUCAGCGUUGGAGAAUCCAAAUUCUUCUUAUGCCAAGUGGCAGGAGAUGCCAAAGACAAAGACAUCUCCUGGUUCUCUCCCAACGGAGAGAAGCUCACCCCGAACCAGCAGCGGAUCUCCGUGGUGUGGAACGACGACUCCUCCUCCACGCUCACCAUCUACAACGCUAACAUUGACGACGCUGGCAUUUACAAGUGUGUGGUCACUGGCGAGGAUGGCAGCGAGUCAGAGGCCACGGUCAACGUGAAGAUCUUCCAGAAGCUCAUGUUCAAGAAUGCACCAACCCCACAAGAGUUCAGGGAGGGGGAAGAUGCCGUGAUCGUGUGUGAUGUGGUCAGCUCCCUCCCUCCGACCAUCAUCUGGAAACACAAAGGCCGAGAUGUCGUCCUGACGAAAGACGUCCGAUUCAUAGUCCUGUCCAACAACUACCUGCAGAUCCGGGACAUCAAGAAAACAGAUGAGGGCACUUAUCGCUGCGAGGGCAGGAUCCUGGCACGGGGGGAGAUCAACUUCAAGGACAUUCAGGUCAUUGUGAACGUGCCGCCCACCGUCCAGGCCAGGCAGAGCAUCGUGAAUGCCACCGCCAACCUCAGCCAGUCUGUCACCCUGGUGUGCGACGCCAAAGGCUUCCCAGAGCCCACCAUGAGCUGGACAAAAGAUGGGGAACAGAUAGAGAACGAGGAAGAUGAGAAGUACAUCUUCAGCGAUGACAGUUCCGAGCUGACCAUCAGGAAGGUGGACAAGAGUGACGAGGCAGAGUACGUGUGCAUCGCUGAGAAUAAGGCCGGAGAGCAGGAUGCGUCCAUCCACCUCAAAGUCUUCGCAAAACCCAAAAUCACCUACGUAGAGAACCAGACCGCGAUGGAGCUAGAGGAACAAGUCACUCUGACCUGCGAAGCCUCGGGAGACCCCAUUCCCACCAUCACCUGGAGGACCUCUACCCGGAACAUCAGCAGUGAAGAAAAGGCUUCGUGGACUCGACCAGAGAAGCAAGAGACUCUGGACGGGCACUUGGUGGUGCACAGCCAUGCCCGCGUGUCAUCCCUCACCUUGAAGAGCAUCCAGUACACGGACGCAGGAGAGUACGUCUGCACGGCCAGCAACACCAUCGGCCAGGACUCCCAGUCCAUGUACCUGGAAGUGCAGUAUGCCCCCAAGCUGCAGGGCCCCGUGGCCGUGUACACGUGGGAGGGGAACCAGGUGAACAUCACAUGCGAGGUAUUUGCCUACCCCAGUGCCACCAUCUCUUGGUUUCGAGACGGUCAGCUGCUACCGAGCUCCAACUACAGCAAUAUCAAGAUCUACAACACCCCUUCCGCCAGCUAUCUGGAGGUGACCCCAGAUUCCGAAAACGAUUUCGGAAAUUACAACUGUACUGCAGUGAACCGCAUUGGGCAGGAGUCUUUGGAGUUCAUCCUUGUCCAAGCAGACACCCCAUCUUCGCCGUCCAUCGACCAAGUGGAGCCAUACUCUAGCACAGCACAGGUGCAGUUUGAUGAGCCCGAGGCCACUGGUGGGGUGCCCAUCCUCAAAUACAAGGCGGAGUGGAGAGCCAUGGGCGAGGAAGUGUGGCAUUUCAAGUGGUAUGAUGCCAAAGAAGCCAACAUGGAAGGCAUCGUCACCAUCGUGGGCUUGAAGCCUGAGACCACGUACGCCGUGCGGCUGGCGGCCCUCAACGGCAAGGGUCUGGGUGAGAUCAGCACAGCCUCCGAGUUCAAGACGCAGCCAGUCCACGGCCCUCUUCCACUGGCUCCCGCUAGCUCUUCCACCCCUGUUCCAUUGUCUCCUCCAGAUACAACCUGGCCUCUUCCUGCCCUCACAACCGCAGAACCGGCUAAAGGUGAACCCAGCGCACCUAAGCUCGAAGGGCAGAUGGGAGAGGACGGAAACUCCAUUAAGGUGAACCUGAUCAAGCAGGAUGAUGGUGGCUCCCCCAUCAGGCACUACCUUGUCAAGUACCGAGCGAAGCUCUCCUCCGAGUGGAAACCAGAGAUCCGGCUCCCGUCUGGCAGUGACCACGUCAUGCUCAAGUCGCUGGAAUGGAAUGCGGAGUAUGAGGUCUACGUGGUGGCUGAGAACCAGCAGGGGAAGUCCAAGGCGGCUCGCUUUGUGUUCAGGACCUCGGCCCAGCCCACGGCCAUCCCAGCCAACGGCAGCCCCACAUCAGGCCUGAGCACUGGGGCCAUCGUGGGCAUCCUCAUUGUCAUCUUCGUCCUGCUCCUGGUGGCGGUGGACGUCACCUGCUACUUCCUGAACAAGUGCGGCCUGCUCAUGUGCAUCGCUGUCAACCUGUGUGGAAAGGCGGGGCCCGGAGCCAAGGGCAAGGACAUGGAGGAGGGCAAAGCCGCCUUCUCGAAAGAUGAGUCCAAGGAGCCCAUCGUGGAGGUGCGGACCGAGGAGGAGCGGACCCCAAACCAUGACGGAGGGAAACACACGGAGCCCAACGAGACCACACCGCUGACAGAGCCCGAGCUGCCUGCCGACACCACAGCCACUGUCGAGGACAUGCUGCCUUCUGUCACCACCGUCACCGCUAACUCUGACACUAUCACCGAAACCUUUGCCACUGCUCAGAACAGCCCCACCAGUGAGACCACCACCCUGACCUCCAGUAUUGCCCCCCCGGCCACGGCCACACCUGACUCAAACUCUGUGCCCGCCGGCCAGGCCACCCCUUCCAAGGGGCCCGGCGUCGCCACCUCCUCCCCACCCCCCGCUUCCGCCCCCAAGGUCGCCCCCCUCGUUGACCUGAGCGACACUCCGAUCUCAGCCCCCGCUGCCAACAAUUUGUCUUCUAGUGUCCUGGCUAGCCAGGGGGCAGUGCUCAGCCCCAGUGCCCCUGCCGGCGUGGGGGAGGCUUCCAGGGCCCCUGUGCCAGGCCCCGCCACGGCCGGGGCAGCCAGUCCCCUAGCAGCAGUGGCCGCCCCUGCCACGGAAGGCCCCCAGGCCAAGCAGGAGGCUCCCAGCUCCAAAGGCCCGGACCCCGAGCCCACCCAGCCCGGCGCUGCGGAGAGCCCAACUGAGGCAGCCACGGGCCCCGCUCGCCCGAAGAGCGAGGCUGCCUCCGUCAGCGCCACAAACCCUGCCCAGGGCGAGGACUUUAAAAUGGACGAAGGGAACUUCAAGACCCCAGAUAUUGACCUUGCAGAGGAUGUUUUUGCAGCCCUGAGCUCUCCUGCUCCCGCCGCUGGGGCCAGUGGACAAGCCCCCGAGCUUGCUCCUUCCACUGCCGACAGCUCUGUUCCGCCUGCACCAGCAAAGCCCGAGAAGGGCCCCGUAGAAGCAAAGUCGGAGUGCCAGGAGACAGAAACGAAGCCAGCGCCCGCCGAAGUCAAGACGGUCCCCAACGACGCCACACAAACAAAGGAGAACGAGAGCAAAGCAUGAUGGGUGACAAGAAAUGAGCAGAUCAAAGUAAAAAGUGACACCACAGCUUCACCAGAGCAUUCCCAAUAUCUCACACAUGCACACAUGCACACACACGCACACACACACAUCUCAUUCCUCUAGUGUCUUUUGCCUUUAAAAAAAAAAAAACUAAACAGAUAAACAUGGGAUCUCCUUUUUGUAGGUUUAUAGAAAGGGUUCCUUUGCUGCGCGCACUCACUUGUAAGAAAAUGAGACAAAAAGGUUAAACCCACAGCCAAACUAGGACACUCUGUUCCCUGAAACCAUUUAAGAAUCAAACAAAAGGACCCCAAAUUAAGAAUCUAGGAAGCUCAGAAAAAAAAAAAAAAAAAAUCUAGGUUCAGGAAGAUCGCACUUGGCGUUGCCCAAUUGGCACAGACCAGUUUCAGAGAAAUACUUCCAGGCACUAAGACUAACGAAUGAACAAAGUCCAAGUUUAUUUUUAUACUUUGAGUCGAGUUUGAACUCUGUAAAGCCCCAUACAUAAGUUAUAAUUUCUGUUCACUUUGUAUUUGUUCAGUAUGCAAAGUGUGUCCCCCUUGCUAGCUGAAUUCAAUUCCCACGUAGACUCCCGUUUUGUAGGAAGAAUGCCAAAUCGCAACUUCUGGGGGGGAGGUCUCGGUUUGCAAUAUUCUGAUUUCUUUUUCUCUCCUUUUCUUUCUCAUUCUUUUUUUUUUCUUUCUUCCUUUCUGCCAACUUUGUUUUCCAAUGUUUACAAGUUGACAAUGU